AUGGUCACUAAAUCACAGCGUCAUUAUAAAGUAAAGACCGACUUAGGCGAGGCAGUCCAGUACACCAGGGCGGAGGUGGAGAGAGUGGAGGGCGAGGCCGUGUCGGCGAUGCACUUUGGGUUGCUGCAGGCGGGAACGCGCAAGGCCAGGCUCGAGGUCUCCAAUGCGACGGCUCUGAGCUCGGCGGAGUCUGGCACGACCGGGGCCGCCACAUCCAGAGGCGCGUGCACGGCGGCGGACAAGCAGAGAAUGGAUGAGCUGGGGUACGGAAACGAUCGCAACAGCUUUGGCGCCCAGGUCUAUGGCUGUGCGCGCCACAAUGUAAACUGGAUGCUGAAGGUGGAUCUGGGCAAAAUGGACGAGUGCCUCAAGACCACCGUGGGCCUCUCAGGCUCGUGCGCGACGUGCUUUUACCAUCUGAACGAGCAGGGCUCGGAGCACUGCAAGACGCAGUGUAUGAGCUGGUGCUCACAGCUCUGCCAGGACUGCAGCGCCCGGUACGUUUCGAGCGCCUGGAUGGACAACUGCACGGGUUACGCCAUUCCGAUGCGGGUGCCAGGCCGCCAGGGUGUGACUCCUGUGAAGCCUGCUUCGGCCGCCGGCGCCUCCGUGCGAGCCGGCGCGCACCAGGUGCCCGACGGGGCCGCCGCCGAGGCCGCCGCGGGGCCGCCCUGCGCGGACGAUCUCGUCCGCGCAGCUGGCGCCUCCGCGCGAGCCAGCGCACGCAGGGGGCUCGUCGGGGCCGCCGCCGAGGCCAUCGCGGGGCCUCCCCGCAUGGACGAUUUCGUCCACGCAGCUUCGGCGUUUGACGAGGCCCGGAGCCUCCGUGGGGCGCAGUGUGCCGCGGCCUCGCCGGCUGGAGGCGGCUCCGACAUGCGCCCGAAGAGGCAUUACGGGAAGGUGGGGGGAGGCCUCGUGCUGAGCCUCUCCGGCGGCGUGGACAGCAUGGUCACCUGCUGCCUGCUGUGGCUCCUGCAGCAGCAGCUGGUGCCCCCGGAGCGCCUCCGGUGGUGCGCGCUGCACCUCUGCCACCCGAACCGCGGCGACGCGGGCGACGAGGAGGCCUGGGUCAGGUGGACUUGCGACAAGCUCGGUGUGGAGCUCUUCACCUACAGGCUGCAGAUCCGCAGGCCGCACGGCGAGCUGCGCACGGGCAUCUCCCGCGAGAGGUACGAGGAGAAGUCCAAGGAGCUCCGCUUCCGCAUGUACUCGAGGUGCCUCGCCCACCUGGGCGUCGGAGCUGCGGACGGCGCGGCCCUGGUGGCGCACCACCAGGACGACGCGGACGAGAACAGGCUGGCGGAGCUGGGCAAGGGCAACAUACUCAACAUCGACGGCAUGUCUGUGCGCAGCACCAUGCUGGGCGUUGACGUGGUGCGGCCCUUGAUCCCAGCGAGGAAGGCGGAGCUCGUUGCCUUCGCGGAGGAGGCCUUCGUCUGCUACAUGCAGGACUCCACCCCCAAGUGGAGCACCCGCGGCUGGACCCGCCGGCUGCUGGACGGCGUCGGCCUGGAGGACCCGGCGCGCCACGCCCGGCUGCUCGGGGCGCUGGGCCGCGCCGGCGGCGCCUCGCAGGCUCUUGGGGAGGCGCUUGACUCGUCGCUGGCGGGCUGGAAGAGGUGCGGCAUCUCCACCGGCGCCCUCCAGCUGCGGCCGGCUGCCGCCGCGGCGCUCCAGCCGCAGCACGGCACGACGCUGAGGGAGAUGACGCAUGCCGAGGAGAAUGACGGCGCCUGCGAGCGUGAGAACGAGGCCCAGUCCAGCCUGACGGAUACUCCGGGGCACCCGGCCACCGCGCUCAGGAACGAGCCUCUCCCGACCAGAUCUCCAGCAGGUCCUGCGCGGGCCUCGCGGCGCCUGUGGCGGCGUCGGCCAGCACUGACUCUGGAGGCGGUGGAGCUGGAGCUCCGUCUCGGAGAUGCCGAAUUCGUGGGCAGCCCGAUUCCUGCGCGCGACGAUGUCAGAGGGCACCGCUCCGCCGCGUUGGCCAAGGCCUUUGCCAGCUGGCGCUGCAGCCGUCGGAUCGCCUCGUCCGCUGAGGCCGCUGCCGCGGCCAGGGCAGCACUCCGCGCCGCAGUCCACGUUGAGGGUUGCAAGCGUGCCCAUGAGAUCGCAAGGAUGCCUGGCUGGAAGUGGAACGCUCCCCUGUCCAUGAUUAUGGCCGCCCUGUCGGUGGACGAGGUGCCCGUCGCGGUGCUCUCCCUGCCCGGUCUGCUGGAGCUCGCUGGGACCUUCGAGGCGCGGCUGGGCGACCUUUGGGCCGAGCUGGCGGAGGUGGCCGACAUCUGGAACGCGGCCGUCGACGCCCACUCGUCGGACGGGGAGAAGGCUGCGGCCGUCGAGAUCCCCGAGGACUGCGGCGGGGCGCCCGGCGACGACGCGGCCGGGCCGUGCCACGUGCAGCGCCUGGCCCUUGCGCGCUUCGACGUGGGGCCCUUCCUGCUGGGCCGCGCCAUCGCGGCCGCGUCUUCGGAGCACGACCAGGUGAGCCCGGGGGCCGCCGGAGACCGGUCCAGGAUGAAGAGCUGGUGCGAAAGCCUGCUGGCUUUUUUUGUUGGUGUCGCUGUGCUUGUGAUAACGCUGAUUCGGCAUUGGGAUGUCCCGCCCGUAGUUCCUGCAGACUCUCCCAUCACCGAGGGUUUCAGUGCCGAGCGAGCCAGAGAGGUUGUAGUGGAUUUGGCAGCUUGCGGCGUCAAAUACAUAGGUUCGCCAGAGAACGAAGUCUGCGCUGCAGAAGCUGUUCAGCGCCAUGCCCGCCUUGCAGCCAAGGCGCUUGAAGGAGAUCUCGAUGUCGACGUGCAGUCCGCGUCUGGCCAUUUCUUCCUUGACUUCCUCGGCGGGCUGACGAACGUCUACCGCAACUUGACAAACGUCGUGGUAAGGCUGCCAGGAGCUGGCGCGCCAGCUGCGAAUGGCCCCCGAUGCGCCCUGCUUGUGGGCUCGCACUUCGACUCGACGUUCGGAUCGCCUGCGGCCUCCGACGCAAAUGCGGAGGUGGCCAUCAUGGUCGAGCUGAUCAGACUGUUCUCGAGUGAGCGUCUGCCUGUCGACCUAGUGUUCGUCUUCAAUGGCGGAGAGGAGAUGCUCAUGCCCGCGGCUCACGGCUUCAUAACGUCCCACCCCUGGGCAUCCGAGCUCUGCGGCGUCGUCAACCUGGAGUCCGCGGGCUCGGGGGGCCGCGAGCUGCUCUUCCAGGCUGGGCCGCAGAACCGCUGGGUGGUGGACGCCUACGCCUGCGGCGUGAGGCGACCGCACGGCUCCUCGAUCACGCAGGUGCUGUUCCAGACGGGCAUCAUCCCGGGCGACACGGACUACCGCAUCUACAGGGAUUUCGGCGGCCUGGCAGGCGUCGACUUCGCGGUGCUGGCCAACGACUGGAUAUACCACACGACGCAGGACGACCUGGCGCACAUGGACUUCCGCUCGGUGCAGCGGUACGGCGAGACCGCGUCCCAGGUGGUCCGAGGGAUGGCGAGCACCCUGAGCGCGGGACGCCCCACGGGCGCCCAGAGGGACGAGGCCGCCGUCUUCUUCGACCUGGCCGGGGCGGUGUUCGUGUCGUACCCCGCGCCCCUGGCGCAGCGACUGCACCUCGCGGGGGCGCUCGUCGCGGCCACGUGGGCUCUGCGCGGCAGGCGUGCUGCAGUGAUGUUUGCUUCUGGGCGCCUCCUUGCGUCGUUUGCAGCGGCCAUCGCAGCGGCGCUUGCGGGAGCGCUGCUGAUGUCCUGUACACCUGGCUCCUUGGUUGCGUCAGCGCGACCCGAGAUAUCAUUCCUCUGUUGCAUGCCCCUGGCAAUGGGUGGUUUUCUAAUGGCUUUGCUGCGCUCUCCAGUCUCAAACGGUUCUGGCAAUGAAGCAACAUCAACUGACAUGUCAUCGGCGUCCACACUCUUGGCGUCCGUGGCCUGUACGGUAUUUUGCUAUCACCCAGUCACUGUCCCUGCAUCUUACUUAUUCUUCAUUUGGAGUGUGAUUCCACUUUUGGGUGACGUAUGUGCGUUUUUUGUGCCAACGACGGUGGAACCAAUUCUGCGAGUAGCUGGGUUCGUUGUACCGUGGCUCGUGCAUGCUCAGUGCUUUGUGUUGGCUGUUGAGUUAGUCUGCCCACUGAGUAUGCGAAGUGGUACUCUAAUACCCGGGGAUAUCAUCGUGGGUGCUGCGUACGGGCUCAUCGUUGGCUUGGCUUUAGUGUUCUCUGCAAGAUAUUCCUUUUCUUUUCCGAGGAAGCGUGGUGGCCUUUUCCUCGUCAUCACGGUAUGCAUUGGAUUUGUUCUCGCGUUGUUUACGUUCCCCUACAGUCAUGAUCGCCCGAAGCGGUUGUACAUGCAAGAUACAUCGCGGUCGAAGACGGAUUGGAAUUUCGUUGACCCAGUCGGCAGUGGGGGAACGGUUGUCCAUGGGAAGCAGCGGUACACACCAAUGGAAAGCGGACUGUGGACAGUAGCAAUGGAUUGGAAUGGCGUCGCAACCAUUCGGGAUCACGCUCCCUUUGGGCUACCACGAGGUUCUGAGCCUGCUGACGACUCUGCAGGCGUGUACGGAGAGGUACCCCAUCCUUUGCCACUCAAGCUGUUUGUUAGCAAGGGCGUAUGGGCACCCAAAUUACCGCCUUCUUUGCCCAAUCGGCUGGGAGUGCAAAUCACGGCCCUGAACAAAUCCACAUCUGGCCACAAGGAGCUGUCCGUUUCUGUAGCGGGCGGCCCGCAUAUAAUGAUGGCAAUCGGCCCGUCGGCGCUUGUUAAGGCGUGGUCUUUCGGCAUGAACGCAGGCAUAGCCACCAGCAAUCAUGACGUCAGUGAUAGCAGCUUGCCAGAUGAGCUUCCGCCAGUUCGACCCGACUGUGACUGUUACUGGGUGCUCUUCAACGAAGGCGGGACAAACCCAACCCGCGGAAGAUCCGAAGCUUUUAACUUUACCUUGGCUGUGCAUCCGGGCGACCUGCGGAUGGACGUGUGGGCGACGCACCUGGACACCGCAUCGCCAGAGAUCGAAGCCCAGGCGCAGCGAAUGCCUCACUGGGUGAGCUUCGUCGGAUGGGUGUCCGAGCUCCAGGUGCACGAACUGCACGUGUGA